GCAGAGAGGGCUCUGCUUGCCCAGCGCGGGUGGGAAACUGCGCUCUGUGUGUGGUAAGUGUGUUUGCUGAGCAGGUUUCCUGUAUUCACCUUGGCACUUCUCUGAUGCCUCCUCUCCUGGCUGCCUCGUUUACCCUCUUGAAGCUGGCCAGGUAGCAGAGCACCUCUGCAUCCCUCCACUGUCCUGUCCGUUCCUCCCCAGGGCUCUGGGGCGCGGGAACUGAGGGGUACUCUGGCCUCAGGGCACCCCUUGCCUUUCUCCUCACUGAUGCUGCUGUAGUAAGCCCCACCACCUUGUGUCCUGGGGCACAAGAAUCACACGGCUGAGCAGCCCGUUACUGGAUUUCUGGCCUCCAUGAGGUCACAGGUCAUCUCCUUCCUGCACCCGUCUCCAGGCUUGGAGUGCAUGGUCCAAAGUCUUCCAUAACCAAUGGUGCAAAGGGGACCAAAGACCUUCUCCAGCCAUGUUACUGCUGAGGAGAGACCCUCUCCAUCCCGAAGGCUGGAGGAGGAGAGGAUGUUUUCUUGGGGGAUAGCACCCUGCUGGGGAAGGGGAAGGUGCUGGUGGAGCCUGGCACUCCUGGGAACCGAGGGACAUCAGCGUGGGAGCAGGGAGGUUCUCUGGGAGCGGUUGUACCCACUGCAGGCUGCCAUGCCUCUGCUCUCCGUGCUGCUGCGCAGGAUGCCUCCCUGCGCCCCUCUGCCCUCCCCAGGCUAGAUCAGCCCCUCUGCUCUCUGCCUGGUUUCGCAAGGGCGUUCCUGAUGUUCCUGGGCUUUCCAGGAUGUGUCCUGCUGCUGCGAAUGGCGCGAGCAGGGCUGGUCACCAGCCUUCGGCAGGACAGAGGUGGCACAAAUGCAUGGUCCCACUGGAAUUGAGGGGCUCCGGGGGCCACGGGAGAUCUCAGGAUCAGGCCUGUAAUGUGGGGUGUUGGCUGAACCCCUGGGCUCCUGGGGGGAAGAGGAGCCCCGAGUGCUGCUUGCUCCAAAGUUAACUUUGCAUGGCCAAGGCGAAUCCCAGCUGAAACUUGCUCCGAGGGCACAAGUUUGCACAGCCAAAGCGAAUCCCAGGCGAAACCAUCUCCUCGGCUGCCUUGGGCUCAGCCUGCUGCGGGAGAUGCUCUGCGACACAGCCCACGGCCGGACCACAGAGCAGGAACGCCAGGAGCUGUCGCCUUCUGUUCAGGAGAAAAUUUUUCUGCCCUCCCACUUGCUUUGCUCAAAUCCACCAACCAUAGCAUUGACGGGUUUUUUCGCUCCAGCUCCGCUCCAGCCAUAUUGGGCUGUGGGAAUAAAGCAGCUCUAAUAUUAUAUGGCACCGGCAAAUAACCCGGGCGUUCGAAAAAAGCAAACCACCACCACCAAAAUCCACACCAACACCAGGUCCUCUCCAUACACACAAGUCCUUCAAAAUGAGCCUGGAAGCUUGGCUCCCGCAGCCCACCUUGUUCCUCACUGGCCUCAGCUUGCUCCUCUCGCUGGAGCCUGGCCCCUUUCCUGCCCUGCUUGCAGACGGAGCGCGUUAGCCAGCGGAGCAGCCUUGACAUGAAUCCAGCUUGGCCCCAGAGCCGGGCUCAGGAGCACCUCAGGAAGAAGGUUUGAGAGCAAAGAGCAGCAGCCAAAGGGGAAAGCGCCCACGGCGUUGGGCAUGGAGGUCAUGGCUCCCGCCACCAUCAAUGCCUUGAACGGCUCCUCGGUGAAGCUCUCCUGCACCUUCAACUCCUGCUACAAGGUGGAGAACAAGCAGUUCUCUCUCAACUGGACGUACCAGGAGUGCAGGAACUGUUCUGAGGAGCUGUUCCUGCAAUUCCGGACAAAGAUCAUGAACAAGCAGCUGGACCGCUUCGGGAACCGUGUGGAGUUCACCGGGAACCCCACCAAGUACGAUGUGUCCUUCACCCUCAAAAACGUUCAGCUGGAGGAUGAAGGCACCUACAAUUGCUACGUCCUCAACCCCCCGGACCGGCACCGGGGCCACGCCAGCAUUAGCCUGAAGGUGCUCACCAAAGAGCCCCCAAAGCACGACUCGACGGUGGCCGUCAUCGUGGGCGCCUCUGUAGGCGGCUUCUUGGCCGUGGUGAUCCUGGUACUGAUGGUGGUGAAAUGUGUGCGCCGGAAAAAGCAGCAGCGGCUGAACACCGACGACCAGAAGACGGAGGAGGAAGGGAAGACAGAUGGCGAAGGCAAUCCAGACGAGGGCACCAAGUAACGCCCCCCCUGCCCAACCCUCCCUCUUCGCCCCUGUACAGCAUCACCCCCUUGAUGUGCUUCCCAGAGCAAGGAUUUUUGUCUUCCCAGAGCGCUCCUCCUUCCAUCUAAACACCCAACCCAGCCUGGAGCAGGGCAUGGAGAGAAGGUGUCCCCGGAGCCUGGCGAGGCUCCCGCUGGGCACUCUCCGAGUGCCAGAGCACUCGUGGGGACGUGUUGGGGACAGGGCAACGCGGGAGAGAAGGGAAACCGUGGAUCCCACACACGGAGGCGCUGGAGCAGGGGGUGCCAGGGGGGCAGAUGGGGCCACACAGCCCCACGCCUGAUCGAGCGGGAGGUGUCCCUGCCCAUGGCAGCAGGGUUGGAAUCUUUAAGGUCCCUUCCAACUCAAACCAUUCUACGCCCAAAUAUCUGCGCCCUGUCUGCUCUUGGGGCCACAUCUCGAGCCGAGGCGCUCCUGCUGCGCCCGGGGCACGGGUGCUAGUGUGCCCAUCCCGAGGGAUCCCCGAUAACUGCCCAUCUCCUCCUUGCAAGUCCUGUGUGCCAGCGCUGAAGGUGCUGCCACAAGAUGCUCGUGCUCCUCAGGGACUGUCCCAGCCUGCUCCGAAGCCGGCAGCCGGGUAACGGCCAUUCCCUCCUGCCCUCCUUCUGAGCUCUGCUGGUUUUCGGAGCCUCUGAUGGCUCUUGGUGUGUAAGGGAUGCGACCCUUCCGCUUCUUGGGUUAUUUUGGGGUGUUAGCGUCUCAGCCAAAGGUGCUGGGCUGACUUCUCUUGUGUUUGUUCCCUUCUUGGGGAGGGGAAUUCAAAUGGAAAAUGUUCUGCCGUUGUGCCAAACCGAGGCGGUGGGGAGCGGCGAGGUGUGGCUGCUAAGGAGGAAGGGCUGGUGGCACGAAGAGGACUUCUCGGGUGCUUGCUGGGAAGGACUGGGCACAACAGCGGGUCCAGAGGCAGGAAGGCUCUGUAUCCCCUGAACAACCCCGUGAUGCUGAAACUGCCUCCUCCAGCCUCCCUGCGGAGCACUGCCCGACCCAUAACUGCCACGGCGAUGCACUGCCAGCCUGCCCGGCUGCCGCCUGCCUUGGCUCCUGCCGUGCUCCAGCGCCUGCCCCGCUUGCGGCAGCUCCGGGAGCUGCCCUGCACGCUCUGAGGUUCGUUACGAGCUGGGGUUAGUGCAGCUUGUGGUCCUGGCUGUGGUCCACCCCACUGUCAUGAGACCGAGGGUCGGGAACCGGUGCUCCUGCCCUCCUUGGGCGCGUUGCUUUGCCUCCCGCACCAGUCCUGGCGGGUGGGCUGUGCUGGCUGAAGCGUGCAGGGAGCUCACCCCGGAGCCUCCUGGGGGUCAGAUAGGGACGCUGACCCAGGGACGUGUCCCCUGCUACACCACGCUGGGCUUUUCUUCUCCCACGGUAGGUGGGAUGUGGGGCAGUGCACGAUAAGGUCCCCAUCGCCCCUGAGCAGCGCUGCCAGGGGAGAAGGGAGACCUCGGCUGCCGUGUCCCUGUGCGGGUGCCAUCCCAGCAGCCCCACAGGCGAUGCCACCAGGCCCUGGGGAUGAAGGGACACCUUUGUGCUCCCUGCUUUGCCCCCAAUGCUUCCUGCCCGGGCCCCUCUCCACCUUGCUCGACCUCGCUGGGCUGUGCGCCGCUCGCUUUCCCUGUUGCAGCAGGAAUGCGCCGUGUCUCGCCGCGUGCCUUCCCCGUCUCCCGCAGGCUCUCCCGCCCGGAGAGAGCUGGGCUGAGGCUGCCUGUCCCCGCACACCCCUACGCCCGCGCCCGAUGGCUUUCCCCAUGUGGCCGAUUCCCCGGAGCCGCCUGCUGCUCAAAGCUGGGCUGUGAGCAGCUCCAGGUGGGACCGAGCUGGUGACUUUAUGGACUGAGACCUCUCUGACUGUUGCACAAGAGCAGUCUCGCACCUGCCUUUCAUUUCUUUCAUGCAUUCUCCUUGGAUUGCAACUUGCCGAUGCAUCUGUCUGUACGUAGCUGCCCACAGCAGAGAGAAGCUCUACAAAUACAGAUCUAUACACGCAG